CACGUGUGCCUCUGACCAGAGAGCUGCAACUGCAACUACCAACUUUCUGGUGUGUUUCAACUUCAACACUUUACUCGGCAGGAAAAUCUGCGAUUCCUCUCCAGUGCGCUGAUAAAGGUCUUAUCACAUAUUCUCUGCAACAGUGGCAGAACUUUGACCCGGUGAGAAAACCUGUCUUGUAGUUUCACCUCAGCUCUCCCACAUCGUCAAACAGAACCAAUCAGAGAGCAGCGUGUGUUUCUUUGGUCUUUGAAAUUGCAGGAGAAGGCGAGGAAAGCCAUGCUGGAAGAUUUCUCAUCAUGAACCGAACCUGGGCUCUGUUCAAGGCUCACCCCUACAUCAGUAACGUCCUGGGAUACACGACUCUGUUUGCCUCGGCUGACGUGAUACAGCAGAGCGUGCUGGGUGGGACGCGUGCUGCAGGGUCCUCACCAGAGGGUUCGACUGGCAUCGACUGGUGCCAGACGACACGAGUGGCGACCGUCGGUUUCUGUUUCCAUGCCAACUUCAACUACCACUGGCUCAGGUGGCUGGAGCGGAUGCUGCCAGGGGGUGGAGUGAGGGCAGUGGCAGGGAAAGUCGUGGUGGAUCAGCUGGUUGCAGCUCCUCUCACCAUCAGUGCCUUUUAUAUUGGGUUAAGUUUAUUAGAAAACAGAGAGGACCCACUUGAAGACUGGAGACACAAAUUCUGGACAUCGUACAAGGCUGGAGUGGUAUAUUGGUCAAUAAUGCAGGCUGUGAAUUUUGCCCUGGUUCCCCCUGUGGCACGAACAGUGUUUCUGGGAGGCAUCGCUUUGACUUUCACAAUCUUCCUGUGCCACCUCAGACAACAGCACAAACCCGAAUAAACCCAAGAUCCUCAGCUCCAUUGUGCAAGGUUUUUGUGGAAAAAUAAUGCGAUUAGCUUAGGCUUAUUUAAGGGAGCUGUUCAUUUGCAGAGUCAGGAGAUUUAAUUAUGAAGCUUGAAUUCCUACUUCAGAAAAAUCGUCUGAUUGGCCCACUGCUGUGGGUUUGUGGUGGCUCUCUGUCUUGUUUCGACUUCCCUACAAGAAUACUGUAUGCAAAUGUAAAAUAGGGUGCAACAGUAUCUGAGUUAAAUCCUACUUAUACACUUAUUGGUGAUAUAAUUUCCUUUGAGGACAUAGAGAACAGCAGAGAACAUAAUAAACUGAACAGUUUCAGUCAUACAAGAUUGUUGUUUUUAUUAUCAUACAUGUAUUGUCAUACAUUUACUUCAAAUAAAGGUUAGUGAGA